UCAGAUUCAUCCGAAAUGGCGCUUCUGACGCCGUACUGGGGACUAGAUGGCAUCAUACUGUUCGCAUCUCUUAUGGUAGCCGCGUAUAUGUAUGCGACCCGGAAUUUUAAAUACUGGGCAAAAAGAGGCAUCAUGGAAAUUCCUCCGACGCCGUUCCUAGGAAAUUUCAAGGAAUGCUUGUUAUUGAAGAAAUCACCGUCGGAUUUCGUGAAGGAUCUGUACGAUCAAUCCAAGGGAUUACGUUACAUGGGAUUCUAUAUUUUCGAUAAACCAUUCUUCUUAAUACGGGACCCCGAACUUAUUAAGCACGUUCUGGUGAAGGAUUUCAACGUCUUUAAAGAUAGAUAUGCUUCACCGGAUGUAACCGACCGGCUUGGAUAUGCAAACGUUUUCAUGAUAAAAAAUCCUAGCUGGAGGAUACUUAGAACGAAGCUAACGCCAAUCUUCACUACUGGAAGACUGAAGAAAAUGUUUGAUCUGAUGAUUGUGGUCGCCAACGAUCUAGACGAACAUCUUGAAGGACAAAAGCUGCAAAAUGGUAAAGUGUUAGAAAUGAAAGAUCUUUGCGCGAACUUUACCACAGAUAUGAUUGCUAGCACCGCUUUCGGUUUGCAAGUGAAUUCAUUAAAGAAUUCUCACGUACCUUUCCGAGAGUACGGCAGAAAAAUAUUCGACUAUACUGUAUAUCGUUGCGCAGAAUUUCUUACCAUAUUCUUCCUGCCACAACUAACCAAAUAUACAGGCGCGAAAUUCUUCGGGAAGGAGGCCACUACAUUCCUUCGAUCUGUAUUCUGGGAUGUGAUUAAUCAACGAAUGCAGUCUGGAGAGAAAAGGAACGAUCUUAUAGAUAUUUUGAUCGAGCUGAAGCAAAAGCACGAAAGUGAAGGCGAUCUCGGUGGAUUUCAAUUUAGCGGUGAUGAUUUAGCGGCACAGGCAGCUAUCUUCUACAUCGGUGGUUUCGAAACAUCUUCGUCCUUCAUGUGUUUCACCCUUUACGAGCUUGCGUUAGACAUGCACGUGCAGAGGACUCUGAGGAAAGAGAUUGUGGAAGCUCUCGAAGAAACCGAUGGAAAAAUUACGUAUGAAAUGAUUAUAACACUACCGUAUCUCGACAUGGUUGUCUCAGAAACCCUCCGCAAGUAUCCGUCACUGGGAUUUCUGGACCGUAUUGCAAUGACUGACUACAAGAUUCCGGACUCUGAUCUAGUGCUGGAAAAAGGAACUCCAGUGUACAUCUCUAUGAAUGGAAUACACAACGAUCCGGAAUACUACCCUGAUCCAGAGAAAUACGAUCCAUUAAGAUUUACCGACGAGAACAAGCAGAAACGACCGAAUUUCACUUACUUCCCAUUCGGCGAGGGACCCCACAAUUGCAUCGGAAUGCGUCUAGGUCUUUUGCAAUCGAAGCUUGGACUCGUCCAAAUGUUGAGCAAAUACGAGGUAACACCUUGUGAGAAGACUGUAAUUCCGAUAGUUAUGGAUCCAAAAGGACUCACCGUGACGGCACUGGGAGGAAUUCAUUUGAAUGUCCGAAAGAUCAGUACAAUAGCAAGUUAA